AUGUUUAGAAAACUCAUGCAUUUGUAUCUUAAUAUAUUAUUGUAUUAUUCAUUAUGAGAAUUAGGAUUGGAUUAGUUGAAUCCACAUGCGAAGUGUUUAAAACAAUCAUGACUCCAGAUUUAGGUGAGAAAAUAAUCGAAUAAGAUUUAUCAUCACUUGUUUCAAUAAAUUACGCUUGGGGAGUAUGGACAAAAUAUUCACAAUAUUAUGUACCUAUAAAUGAUAUUGCCUUGUCUAUCUAAACUAUGCAUAUUGUAACAGAAAAAUAAUCGGAUUUUACAUACAUGGUUUAUUACAUAUCCUUGGAUAAAGAAGAGUAAUAAUUUACUCAUAGUUUAUAUUUAUAUCAUUAAGGAAGUUAUUAAAUAAGAGAAUUAUUUAUAGAUUAAUCACUUGCAAAGGAAAAAUGGGUGUUUUUUUAUUUUUGUUACAAAGAAUCAUUGUCAAAUUAUAAUAUAUUUUUAUAUAUAUAAAAAGAUGACAUAAAUGUUUAAAUGAUUGGAGGAGGACCUUACACUAUUGAAAUUAGAGAUUAUAAAGAAUAUGUCCUAGGAGGAUCAUCAAUUGUAAUUAUAUAUAAUAAAAAUAAGUUUACUCGAGCAUUUGAUUAAUCCUAGACGUAAGAGUUGAAAUUAUUUUCUGGUUAAAUAAGUACUAUGGAUCUUAGAGAAGGAUUAAAUUAUUACUAUUCUGAUAUUCCAACAUUUUUAGCUAAUUUGGAGGUAAAUUGUGAAAUUUAAGCAUGUGGAGAUCUAGUUAAUAUUCUCCUAACAUCAUAUAUGAAAAGUGGAUCUAUUUUAAAAUAGCCAAUAUCAUAUUAGGACAGUAAAUUUAUGAUAUCUGGUUGGGUAUUACUAAAAGAGUUGCCUGAAGUAAUUUAUAUAUGAAAUUUAGUAAUAAACUGUUGAAAGUGUUUUAAUAAGAGCUACAUUAAGAUAUGCCUAUUUCUAGGACAAAUAUUAAGGAGAUAAAGCCAUAUAUUGGAAGUAUAUACAAAGUACUCUUAAUUAAAACUUAAAUGGGUUCUAAAUAACUACCUAUCAUUAUAAUUAAUCUGAACCUCUAAAUUCUUAUAAAACUUUAGAGAGUGAUUCUUGGUUAGUGUUAGAUCCUUAUUAUUAUGAAGCUUUAACAUUUUGGCAUUGGUUUGUUUAUUAAGAAGGAGUUGAUGGUGCAAAUAAUAUUAGACUUACUAUUUAUUUUGGUCUUGGAAAACAAGAAAAGAUAUUCACAAUGUAAUAAUUACAUUAAGAAAAUGCUAAACUAUAUUUCAAUAUUGGUGGAGACAAGUACAAUUAAAAUUUUAAUGGAUUCAUAAGUGAUUUAACAUUUAAAUAUUGCUAUGAUAAUGAUACACCAAAUCCUAAAGGUAUUUUAAUUUUUGAUAUAAUUAGUGUGUCAUAUUUCUUGUAAAGCAUGUUAUGGUCCACUUGAAACUAAUUGUUUAACAUGUGAAGAUCCUUUAACAUCUAAUAGAGAAUUGUCAAAAUCCUCAUGUUUAUGUUAAGAGGGAUAUAUUGAUGUUGGAAACUAGAAUUGUAAACGUAUUUUAUUUUAAAUAAAUAUAAGUUCGAGGAGCUAUUUUAAAGAAUAUCAAUAUCUAAGAAGAUAUAGCAUAAUAGAAUAUGGGUUGCACAAGAUAUUAAUUUGAAGUUAUUAUAAAUGGAAAUUAAUACUGUUUAAAUUGUCCAGGAUAGAUUACUACAUUUGGAUUAUAUUGUAUAGAUUGUAUUCAGAAUCCUAGUUCAUGGUACUUGAAUACUAGAUGUACAACAGAUUAUUUAAUGCCUUUUACGAAUGAAACUAAUUAUGUAUUUUUGAAAAAAGAGCGAAAGACUAAAGAUUUUGAAUUUUAUUUAAUUAAUUUCGAUGACCAUUCACAAUAACCUAUUUUAGAGCCAUGCUAUGGAUGUUUAGAAUUGACUAAUAGUACCAUUAAUUUUAUUGAAAAAUUCACAUUAGAUAGAGUAUAGAAAAUAUUAUGUAAAAAUUGUUAUAGAUCUAUUAAUGGAGAGUGUAUAAACUUUAAUAUGAAUUGUAAUUAAUGUGACGAUAAUCAUUUAUGUUCAAGUUGUGAAUUAAAUUACACUCUAUUUGAAAAUAAGUGUUUUGAAUGUCCUAUAUAAUGUCCGAAUUGUUAAUACAAUUAAACUGGAUAUUACUGCAAUAGUUGCAUUGAUGGAUAUUAUUUUAAUUAAACAUUGUAAUAAUGUUAGCAAUGUGGUCAGAAUUGUAAAAUUUGUAUUUUCUCUUAAGUAUUGAAGAACUUAUAAUGUGUUAGAUGCAUUCAUGAUUAAGAUUAUUUUAUUUCUGCAGAAAAAUUAAAUUGCUAGAAAAAAUCUUUACCUAACUGUGAAUUAGAAUCAACAGAAAAUUAUAUUGUAUUUUAUAAUAAAAGUUAUGUAUUGAAAACCUAACAAUAUAGUAAUUCUCUAGAUAUAAUUGCUUUUAAAGAAACACUUCCAACUUUAUAAAUGUGUAUAAAGUGUAAAAAUGGGUUUGUCAAUUUAUUAUUAGUUCAACAAUUUUAUGCAUGUGUUACAGUAGAAUCUUUAGAAAAAACUCUGCCUAAAGUAUUAAAACUUAAAGUUCUUGGAUCUUAAAAUAAUAAUUUCUAAUUGGCUUUGAUUAGUAAACCCUAAAGUCCCGAAUAAAAGUAUUAAAUUAUAUAUGGAGAACGUAUUAAUCCUUACCCUACAACUACUAUUAUUUAAAAUCCCAUCACUGGUGUUUUCUGUGAUGAUCCAAAGUGCAUUAUAUGUGUUAAUAAUUAUAUUUAAGAAUAAUAAUAUUGCAUGUAUUGUUACAAUGGUUAUUAUCCAAAUACAUUCCUUGGUAGAUGUUAUUAAUGUCCACCAGAUUGUUCUACUUGUUUAGAAUAAAAUAAAAUCUAUUAGGAUGCUUGGAAAUGGGAUUAUAAAAUUAAUUAUCAUUUUAGAAGUUAAUUACUAGAUGGAUUGCAUACCUUCAAUGUUUUUGGAACUUCAUUAAAUCUUGAUAAUUUAGAAAUCAUUUGUACAAGUUGUCCAUAAAAUGGUAUACUCUAUAAUAAUAAAUGUUAUCCAAAAUGUGAAUGUGACUCUUGCAUUAUUGAAAAUGAAAUCCCAGUAUGUAUUAGUUGUAAAAGUCUAAAUACUAAAACCGUAUAUGAAGGAUAAUGUCAUCAGUGUCCUAAAUUUUGUGAAUUAUGUAGAGAAAUUAGACUAGAAGAGAGAUUAAAAAUCAAUCCCUAUUUCUACCCUACUGAUAUAACUCUACUUAAAUAUGCUUAGUAAUGUAUAAAACGCUAAUCUGAACCUCCAACUUAGGGAAUAUUUUAUUAUGAUACUUCUUUAGGAUAUGAAAUCAAUUGUUUAAAUCCUGAAAAAAAAAAUUGUUAUCUUUAUCUUGAAAUUCCUCUAAAUAUUUACUGUUCCAAACUUUCAUUUGAUUCAUAAUUUAAUAAAAUGAAUACUUUAGAAGAAUAAGAUGAUUUCUUAAGCAAAAAUGCACUUAUUUCCUCUAUUUUUUCCACAAAUACUUAAACUCAUUUCUCUGUAGAAACUGAUUAUUUAUUUAACGAAUUAAAUCAAAAAAGUGUUAAAUUAGUUAGAUAUAUCUUAAACAUAAUACCAUCUACAACAGAUUGUGUUAUCAAAAAAAAUACAUUUAUUUAAUCUGACAUUCGUCGAAAUGUUUUCACUGUUCAAUAUUUAGAAUUAAUAUUUUAAUCAUCAAGUAAUAGAUAGGUAUAUUUCGAUAACAAUGUAACAUUUUAUGAAUUUACUUCUAUUAGUAUAAAGAACCUUUAGAUUAUUCCAAUAAGUACAAUUAGUAUAUUUAAUAUUCAUAAUCUUUAUGGUGGUUCAAUUUUAAUAGAUUAAAUCAAAAUUAAGAAUAUCAAUGAAAAUCAGUUUCAAAUUAAAAUCUUAAAUCCUAUAAGUAUAAUUAUAAAGAAUUUUGAAAUAUCAGACUCUCUAAUAGUAAAUCUUAAUGGAAUUAUUAAUUAUCAGUUUACUCAAAAACUAACUCAGAAGUUUAUUUUUUCAAUUGAUUAAUUUUUAAUCUAAAAUUGCUAAGUUACUAAUUCUAAACUAAUUGUUUAAGUAUUAGAUUUAGGAUAUGGAAACCAAAAAUUAUAACUUAAUAAUUUUAAGUCCUUAAAUAAUAUCUAUGAAUCCUCUGUUGUAUUAUAUACAGAAUUUAAUAGUUAAAUUAGAGAAGCUAUAUCAAUUAUUGAAUAGUUUGAUUCUGAAAAUGAUUAAUUAACCAAUUCAAGUUUUAUUAAUAUGUAGGGAGCAUUGAAUAUUGAAUUAAUCUUUAUCACUGUUUAAUAAGGAAUUUUUAAUUUUCAAACUCAAUUAUUUAAGCUACCUAUAUUUAAAGUUAGCAAUCUGCAAAUAUUAAACAAUAAUUUUAAUGGUAUUAACACAAGAGUAAUAACAAAUAUACUUGAUAUUUUAUACAAGGAUAAAAUCAAUUAAAAUCUACUUCAAAUGGAUUAAAUCACAUUUCAAAACAAUAAUUAUUAAGGUAGUCGAGUUUUUCUUGAAAUAAUAGAAAGUUAUAAUUUUUAAAAUUUAGAAAUCAAUAUUAAUGGAUUAAAAAUUAUAACGAAUAAAUUUAUUUAAUAAAAUUACAAAGAUUUAAUUACAACGUCAAAUUCAUCUCUUUAUUUAGAUUUAAAAUAAAUUAAUAUCUAAAACAUCUAAAUAAUAAGAGCAUAUAAUCUUCCAGAGAUUUCGAUAAAUAAUGCAGAAAAAACAAUUCUUAAACGUGUGAUAGCAAAAUUAGAUAAUGAAUUUAAAAUUAAGCUGUUGCAUUAAUCUUUGUAUUGUUUUUAGAAGAAUUCAGACAUUGGUUAUGGAAGUAUGCUAUAGGUAUAUAAUUCUAAAAUGAUUUAAAUUGAGAAACUUGAAAUAAUCGGUUUAAUAGCUAUCAAUUAGCCUAUUAUAAUUAUAAAAUCAUUAGAAAAGACAAAUUUUAGACAAUAAGAAAAUAUACAAAUAAAGACUGUGAAUUUAACUAACAAUACGAUCAUACUUUCAAAGUUAUCAGAAAAGCCUACGAUAAUUAGCAUAAUUUCUGAAUAAGAACAAUAAAUUGAAUUUAAAGGAAUAAGUGUUUUUAAUAAUCAUCAUCAUUCUUAUUUGGAAGAUCAAUAAUUUAAGCAAUCUUCAACUAUUUAUGUUGAAAAUCCUAAUUCUGAAAUUAUUUUUACAGAAUCUAUAUUUUCUAGCAAUACUAUAACAAAUAAUUAAGGAUCUAAUUUAGUUUUGAUAAGUGGCAAUAUAAAUAUGAUGGAUUGUUCUUUUAAUUCUUAAAAUGAUUUCCAAUAUUCAUACUUAAAAGACCGUAUAAUAUGGGGAUAUUAAAAUGAUGAAAUAGCUUAUUUUGAAAAUCUAUAAUCAAUUUUUCCAAUAAAAUCAAAGGGAGGUAAUGCCUAUUUUUAAAUUGAUUAAAUCUCCUUAAAGAAUAUUUCUAGUUAAAAUUCAUUGGCUUUGUAAGGAGGAUCCUUUUAUUUCUUAACAUAAUCAAAUGGUAGAAUUGAGAUUCAGGAUUGUAAUUUUAAUUUUAGUGAAGCUAAUUUAUUAGUAAAUGAAAAAUCAUAAGGUGGUACUUUAUUAAUUGAUGCUUCUCAAUCAGAUUUAAACUUAUUAAUAUCUAAAAAUAGUUUUUCCUCAAGUUUUAGUAGAUCAGAAGGAGGAACAAUUUUUAUAGAGCCAUCUAGAAACAAGAAUUUAAUACUUAUAAACAAAAAUAUUAUAGAAAAUGUAUAUUCAUUAGCAAAUGCUUUCUUGAAACUUCCUAUUAUAUUUACAAGCAAUUCUUUGAUUUUAGAUAUUUAGAUUUCUGAUAUAUCAAUUUAAAAUACCUAUCAAGGAUUCUUGUCUUAUUUAGGUAGAAUUAAAGAUUUAACCUAAUCAGAAAUCAAUUUUUAAACUAAAAAUUAUUUAAUUUCAAUAGAGAGAGGGAAUAUUACAGUAAAAGACUGUAAUAUUAUUAAUUUAUUUGAUUAUGGAGUUUUAGAGAUUAUAAAUGCAUAGUAAAUAAAAUUAGACAAUAUUUAUAUGCAAAAUUUUACUUUGAUUAGUGGAAGUAUUCUUAGAUUUGAAUUGAAUGAAAGUAUUUAGUUUUAUUUAUUUUAGAAUAUUUGACAAAUGUUGAAAUAAUGAAUGUAAAAUUAAUGUCUUUUUAAGAAACUAUUGGAGAUGUAAAAAAACCAACUAAUAUUAUACCUUCUAUUCCUUUAUUAUUUUAAAAAUGUAUGGAUACUUAUUCUUCUCCAAAUUCUUUGCAAAAUCUCUAUGAUGAAAAUAAUUCAUAUCUAAUGAGUCUUUAUAAUUUCUAUUCCUUAAUAAUAAAAAGAACAUAACCUGCCUUUAUAUUUUAAAUUGAAUCCAUUAACUAAAAUCAUUUCAUUUUAAUAUAAAAUCUUUACUUUUCAAAUAUAAUAUGUACAAAUUGUAAAGGAGGCUUAUUGAGAUUUACAAAUAUCAAGGAAUAAUAAGAUUAAAAUCUCGUUUAUUUAAAUUCAGUAAAAAUGGAAGAUAAUUUUUGUGGAAGUAUGAGUUGCUUAAUAAUAACUUCAAAAGAUAUUAUUUCUUUAAAAUCAUUUUCUGAAGUAAAUUCUAAGAGAUUAUUAAAUGAAAUUGAAAAAUAUUAUGAAAAAAAACCAGUUACAGUUAAACUUGAAUCUAGUUCCUUCAAGAAUAAUACUGCUACAUAUGGUGGUGCAGCUUUAAUUUCUUCAAUAAGUAUAUAAAUCACUGCAUGUUAAUUUAUUAUGAAUCAAGGAAAAGAAACAGGGGGUGCUAUAUAUUUUGAUUAAAACGAUAAAUCUUAAUUCUUAAUUUUUAAUACAUUGUUUGAAAAAAAUUAAGCUAAAGUAGGAGGAGCCUUAUUUUUAAAUAAUUUUACUCUUCAUAGUAAAGAAUAAACAAAUAUUAUUUAUUCUAAUAAUAAGGCAUCUUUAUUUAGUAAUAAUGUAGCUGAUUUUCCACUUAAAUUGACUCUUAAAUUUAACUAAAAACUUUUAAAGACUUUAAAUAUAGAAAAUACUGAAAACUAAGUUAUUGAUAUAAUAAAUAUUGAAUAAUAUUAUAUAGGUCAAAGUAUGAAAUAAUAUUUGAUGCUUCCAAGUGGAUAAGCAAUAAAUGAAUAUCAAUAUUUUAAUGAAUAAACCCAAGAUUACAUACCCUUAAAUUUAUCAUUGAGAAUAAUUGCUCUGGAUGAAGAGGAUAGUUAAAUUAAAGCAUUAGAUGGAAGCAAAUGCACAAUAUAAGNGAAUGAAAGUAUUUAGUUUUAUUUAUUUUAGAAUAUUUGACAAAUGUUGAAAUAAUGAAUGUAAAAUUAAUGUCUUUUUAAGAAACUAUUGGAGAUGUAAAAAAACCAACUAAUAUUAUACCUUCUAUUCCUUUAUUAUUUUAAAAAUGUAUGGAUACUUAUUCUUCUCCAAAUUCUUUGCAAAAUCUCUAUGAUGAAAAUAAUUCAUAUCUAAUGAGUCUUUAUAAUUUCUAUUCCUUAAUAAUAAAAAGAACAUAACCUGCCUUUAUAUUUUAAAUUGAAUCCAUUAACUAAAAUCAUUUCAUUUUAAUAUAAAAUCUUUACUUUUCAAAUAUAAUAUGUACAAAUUGUAAAGGAGGCUUAUUGAGAUUUACAAAUAUCAAGGAAUAAUAAGAUUAAAAUCUCGUUUAUUUAAAUUCAGUAAAAAUGGAAGAUAAUUUUUGUGGAAGUAUGAGUUGCUUAAUAAUAACUUCAAAAGAUAUUAUUUCUUUAAAAUCAUUUUCUGAAGUAAAUUCUAAGAGAUUAUUAAAUGAAAUUGAAAAAUAUUAUGAAAAAAAACCAGUUACAGUUAAACUUGAAUCUAGUUCCUUCAAGAAUAAUACUGCUACAUAUGGUGGUGCAGCUUUAAUUUCUUCAAUAAGUAUAUAAAUCACUGCAUGUUAAUUUAUUAUGAAUCAAGGAAAAGAAACAGGGGGUGCUAUAUAUUUUGAUUAAAACGAUAAAUCUUAAUUCUUAAUUUUUAAUACAUUGUUUGAAAAAAAUUAAGCUAAAGUAGGAGGAGCCUUAUUUUUAAAUAAUUUUACUCUUCAUAGUAAAGAAUAAACAAAUAUUAUUUAUUCUAAUAAUAAGGCAUCUUUAUUUAGUAAUAAUGUAGCUGAUUUUCCACUUAAAUUGACUCUUAAAUUUAACUAAAAACUUUUAAAGACUUUAAAUAUAGAAAAUACUGAAAACUAAGUUAUUGAUAUAAUAAAUAUUGAAUAAUAUUAUAUAGGUCAAAGUAUGAAAUAAUAUUUGAUGCUUCCAAGUGGAUAAGCAAUAAAUGAAUAUCAAUAUUUUAAUGAAUAAACCCAAGAUUACAUACCCUUAAAUUUAUCAUUGAGAAUAAUUGCUCUGGAUGAAGAGGAUAGUUAAAUUAAAGCAUUAGAUGGAAGCAAAUGCACAAUAUAAGGCAGGAAUAUUUCUAAAGGUAUAGAAGGAGAAUUUUCGAAUAAUUUUGUUAGUGUUACAUAAAUAAGAUUCAAUACUAUUAGUUAAGAUUAUAAUUUAGAUUCUUUGAUAAUAACUUUUGAUCCUGAUCAAUAAUAAGAAGUUUAUUUAUAAUUAGAAAUUGUUUGUGAUUCAAUUAAAAUUCCAAUAUUUGAUGAUCAACCACCUAAUUUAUUGAAAGAUUAUAAUACGAAUUAUAAAUUAAGAGUUAAUUUAUAAACAUUUCCUUGUUAAAGGGGAGAAUAUAAGACUUAAUAAGGAGCAUGCAAACUAUGUGAUGCUAGUUCUUAUUAAUAUAAUACAAAAGCUGGAUAAUAAUGUAAAAUAAAAGAUUAAAUGAUAAUGGAAAAAGUUUCUUCUGCUAGAAUUAUGUUAAGACCAUUUUAUUGGAGACCAUAUGAAAGUAGUGAAUAAAUAGAAUAUUGUGUUAAUAUGCCUGAAAAUUGUGUAGGAGGAUGGAAUCCUGGUCAUGAUUUAUGUUCAAUAGCACAUAUUGGAGCAUUAUGUGAAUAGUGUGAUAUAUAUAAUAUUAGAGGAUAAGGAUCAUUCUCAGUUAGCACAAUUUAUAAAUGUGGAGACUGUUAAAAUAUUGGUGAUAAUACUACCAAAGUUAUUUUAAUUAGUAUUUGGACUAUGAUUUCAAUAUUUCUAUCUGUAAAAGGGACAAUAGAAACAAUCAAUAAAUUUAUUAUUCAAUAAAAAAGAAUUAAAUUGAAAAUUGCAUCCUUAUAAGAUCCUAGAAUAGGUUAAGGAAAUGUAUUAAUUAAAGUAUUAACUAAUUAUUUUUAAAUUAUUGGAGUCAUCUCAACAUUUUAAUUAUAAAUGCCAAGUGUAUUAUAAUUAUCUGUUAGAUCAGUUGGUAAUCCAACAGAAGCUAUGGGUUUAUCUUUAGAUUGUUUUUUAAUUGACAUCUCUGAUAUCGACAUUAUUUAUUUUAGAAUGAUAUGGGCUUUGAUAAUGCCAAUCAUAUAUAUGAUAUCAUUUAUUUUUAUUUAUUUGAUAACUGUAGCCCUUAAUUUUACUAAGUUUAAUAAAAGUGCCUUUACCACAACAGCAAUAUUUUUAUUUAUUUAUUUAUAACCAACUUUAAUUGGAGGAUUUAUCUCCUUAGUCUCCUUUAGAUAAAUAUCGAAUUAUUAUUGGAUUCAAGGUAAUGUUGCCUAUAGAUAUGAUACUUAACAACAUUUUAACUGGAUAUUAAUAUUUAUAUUACCUGCUAUUUUAAUCUUAGGAAUAAUUAUUCCAAUCUACUUAUUUAUAAGUCUAUAUUUGGUAAGAGACUAAUUAUAAGAAGAAAAUACAAGAAAAAAGUUUGGUUAUUUGUAUAAUGAAUAUUCUAAGAAUGCAUACUUUUGGGAAAUUGUUAAGAUUAUUUAAAAAGGAUUCAUAAUUAUAUUCUUGACAUUUUAUGAAGAUUUAGUUAUUAUAAAAGGAGCUUUGGUAUUUAUUAUUGUCUUCUUAUAUUAAAUAUUGACAAGAAAAUAUCGCCCUUAUCAAUUCCCUCAAUUAAAUUAUCUUGAUGAAAUAAGUACACUUAUAUGUGGUACCUCUUUAGUAAUUUCAAUUACAAUUUAUUAAGCCAAUAUAACAGACAACUAAGAGAUAGUUGUGCCAUUUUACAUCUUUCUCAUAAGUUUGAAUGGUAGUUUUAUACUAUUAAUUUUGUGGGGAAUAAUACUAGCCCAAUUAGAAGAUUAAUAAGAAAAUUUAGAUAAAAUCAGGGAUAAGAUAAAUAAAAGAUUUCCUAAAUUAAUUUAAUCUAAUUAGAUUUUUAAGAAAAUUCUUACAAAUAAGGGAUAAUAAAAUUAAAAAAUCAGAUUAAGAUUUAAAAAGAUCAAAGCUUAUUUACUUAAUUAGGUGCGUUCUUAUCCAGGUCUAUACAAAAUGAAGACUUAAAGUGACAGCCCUCCUAUUAAAUAAACCGACUCAUUCAGAGAUUCAGACUUCUAAAUUUUAGAUGAAAAUGUCGAUCUCAAACCAAAAUCAAACUAUAAAAUAUAUCCGGCUGAUUUUGAGAUUUAAAAUUAUGAAUGA